AUGGCCCCAAUGGCUUCCAGCACAGCAGUUGAGACUGAGACCCUUACCGUCAAGGCAAGAGGUGCCCAGCAGUCCAUCGAGCCUGUGUAUCCAGAUGUGAACACCAUCCGAAAAGCCAUUCCUGCCUACUGUUUCCAGCCCUCAGUUGUACGAUCUCUCGGCUACGUUGCCAGAGAUCUUACUCUUGCCGCUGGCUUGGGCUACGCUGCCAUCACUUACAUUCCACAAAUCGAGAACUUCUACGCUCGUGCUGCCGCUUGGGCAGCAUAUGGUUUCGCCCAGGGUCUUGUCGGUACUGGUAUCUGGAUCUUGGCUCACGAGUGCGGCCAUGGCGCCUUCUCCCUCCACCGCCGCCUGAACAGCUUUGUUGGCUGGGUCCUUCACUCGCUGCUUAUGGUUCCCUUCUUCAGCUGGAAGUUCAGCCAUGCUCGUCACCACAUGUACACCGGCCACAUGGAGAAGGACAUGGCCUUUGUCCCCGCAACCAAGGAGAACUACGAGCGCAAGAUGGCUUCUCUGAGCUGGCUUGGACGCCUGGGGAUUGAUGCCGAGAUGUUUGACGAGACGCCCAUUGUUACCCUGGCUAAGCUCAUGGCCCACCAGCUGUUCGCCUGGCAGGGCUACUUGCUCUUCAACAUCUCGGCCGGCCCCCAGAGCUUGCAGCGCAAGAACAGCUGGUGGCGUCUCAGCCACUUUGAGCCCACUUCGGGUGUCUUCCGCCCGCAAGAGGCUCUGUACAUUUUCUUCUCCGACGUCGGUCUGGCCCUUGUUGGCUACGCCGUCUACGUUCUCGGCCAGCACGUUGGUGCCAUGAACGCCUUCCUGCUCUACGGCGUCCCCUACUUCUGGGUCCACCACUGGCUCAUUGCCAUCACCUACCUCCACCACAACCACGAGGACGUCAAACACUUUGACGCCGAGGGCUGGACUUUUGUCAAGGGCGCCCUGGCCACCAUUGACCGCGACAUGGGCUGGAUCGACCGCCACCUGUUCCACGGCAUCAUUGGAACCCACGUUGUCCACCACUUGUUCUCUCGCAUUCCCUUCUACUACGCCGAGGACGCCACCGAGGCCAUCAAGCCCAUGCUGGGCGACCUGUAUCACAAGGACGAGCGCUCCUUUUACGGUCAGCUUUGGUCCGUCUUCAGCAACUGCAAGUACGUUGAGAAGGAGCCCAAGAUGCCUGGUGUCAUGAGAUGGCACAAGAACUAA